AUUCAGCGAUGGCAUCUGCAUGGUGGCCCUGUCUCAUCUUGGCUCUGCUCUCCAGCUUGGCAGCCUCUGGCUUCCCGAGAAGCCCCUUUCGGCUGCUUGGGAAACGGAGCCUCCCGGAAGGGGUGGCCAAUGGCAUCGAGGUCUACAGUACCAAAAUCAACUCCAAGGUGACCUCCCGUUUUGCUCACAAUGUUGUCACCACGAGAACGGUCAACCGUGCAGACACGGCCAAGGAGGUUUCCUUUGAUGUGGAGCUGCCCAAGACGGCCUUCAUCACCAACUUCACCUUGACCAUCGACGGUGUUACCUACCCUGGGAAUGUCAAGGAGAAGGAAGUUGCCAAGAAGCAGUAUGAAAAGGCUGUGUCCCAGGGCAAGACGGCCGGCUUGGUCAAGGCCUCUGGGAGGAAGCUGGAGAAGUUCACAGUCUCGGUCAAUGUGGCUGCAGGCAGCAAAGUCACCUUCGAGCUAACCUACGAGGAGCUGCUGAAGAGGCACAAGGGCAAGUACGAGAUGUACCUCAAGGUCCAGCCUAAGCAACUGGUCAAACACUUCGAGAUCGAGGUAGACAUCUUCGAGCCUCAGGGAAUCAGCAUGCUGGAUGCUGAGGCCUCGUUCAUCACCAAUGACCUCCUGGGAAGUGCCCUCACCAAGUCCUUCUCACAGAAAAAGGGCCACGUGUCCUUCAAGCCCAGCUUAGACCAACAGCGUUCAUGCCCAACCUGUACAGACUCCCUCCUCGAUGGAGAUUUCACCAUCACUUACGACGUGAACAGAGAAUCUCCUGGCAACGUGCAGAUAGUCAAUGGCUACUUCGUGCACUUCUUUGCACCUCAAGGCCUUCCAGUGGUGCCUAAGAACGUGGCCUUCGUGAUUGAUAUCAGCGGCUCCAUGGCUGGUCGGAAAUUAGAGCAGACAAAGGAGGCCCUUCUCAGAAUCCUGGAAGAUAUGAAAGAGGAAGACUAUCUGAAUUUCAUCCUGUUCAGUGGAGAUGUGUCCACAUGGAAAGAGCACUUAGUCCAGGCCACGCCCGAGAACCUCCAGGAGGCCAGGACGUUUGUGAAGAGCAUGGAGGAUAAAGGAAUGACCAACAUCAAUGACGGGCUGCUGAGGGGCAUCAGUAUGCUGAACAAGGCCCGAGAGGAGCACAGAGUCCCAGAGAGGAGCACCUCCAUCGUCAUCAUGCUGACUGACGGGGAUGCCAAUGUUGGUGAGAGCAGACCCGAAAAAAUCCAAGAGAAUGUGCGGAAUGCCAUCGGGGGCAAGUUCCCCUUGUAUAACCUGGGCUUUGGCAACAAUCUGAAUUAUAACUUCCUGGAGAACAUGGCCCUGGAGAACCAUGGGUUUGCCCGGCGCAUUUACGAGGACUCUGAUGCCGAUUUGCAGUUGCAGGGCUUCUAUGAGGAGGUGGCCAACCCACUGCUGACGGGCGUGGAGAUGGAGUACCCCGAGAACGCUGUCCUGGACCUCACCCAGAACACUUACCAGCACUUCUACGAUGGCUCUGAGAUCGUGGUGGCCGGGCGCCUGGUGGACGAGGACAUGAACAGCUUUAAGGCAGAUGUGAAGGGCCAUGGGGUGAGUGUUGAUAGGGCCUGGAAGUGUGCUGGGGAUGGGGUAUCAGCAGUGGUAUGGCUCUGGCCUCAUGAGGGUCCAGGAGUGGUGGCCCCUGAACCUGAUCCACCCAGGCCUCCAGACCCUUGCCUCCUUCCACCCCCACCCCAGGCCACCAACGACCUGACCUUCACAGAGGAGGUGGACAUGAAGGAGAUGGAGAAGGCCCUGCAGGAGCGGGACUACAUCUUCGGGAAUUACAUUGAGCGGCUCUGGGCCUACCUCACCAUCGAGCAGCUGCUGGAGAAGCGCAAGAACGCCCAUAGCGAGGAGAAGGAGAACCUCACAGCCCGGGCCCUGGACCUGUCCCUCAAGUAUCACUUUGUGACUCCACUGACCUCCAUGGUGGUGACCAAGCCUGAGGACAACGAGGAUGAGAGGGCCAUUGCCGACAAGCCUGGGGAAGAUGCAGAAGCCAGCUACCAGCCUCCUCAAAACCCCUACUACUAUGUGGAUGGGGACCCCCACUUCAUCAUCCAAGUUCCGGAGAAAGACGAUGCCCUCUGCUUCAACAUCGAUGAAGCCCCAGGCACAGUGCUGCGCCUUAUUCGGGAUCCAGUCACAGGCCUCACAGUUAACGGGCAGAUCAUCGGCGACAAGAGAGGCAGCCCUGACUCCAAGACCAGAAAGACUUACUUUGGAAAACUGGGCAUUGCCAAUGCUCAGAUGGACUUCCAGGUGGAGGUGACAACGGAGAAGAUCACCCUGUGGAACAGGGCCGUGCCGAGCACUUUCAGCUGGCUGGACACAGUCACAGUCACGCAGGAUGGGCUGUCCAUGAUGAUCAACAGGAAGAACAUGGUGGUCUCCUUUGGAGAUGGGGUUACCUUUGUGGUCAUCCUACACCAGGUGUGGAAGAAACAUCCUGUCCACCGUGACUUUCUAGGCUUCUACGUGGUGGACAGUCACCGGAUGUCAGCACAGACACAUGGGCUGCUGGGGCAAUUUUUCCAACCCUUUGACUUUAAAGUGUCUGACAUCCGGCCAGGCUCUGACCCUGCAAAGCCAGAUGCCACAUUGGUGGUGAAGAACCAUCAGCUGAUUGUCACCAGGGGCUCCCAGAAAGACUACAGAAAGGAUGCCAGCAUCGGCGCGAAGGUUGUCUGCUGGUUUGUCCACAACAACGGAGAAGGGCUGAUUGAUGGUGUCCACACAGACUACAUUGUCCCCAACCUGUUUUGAGUAGACA